CGGGUGUACGGCGGAGGGUGGGCUCGAGUUUGAAGUUUAAGAGAGGCUCCAGAGUACCCCCGACGUGGGGCAAGGCUCCCACGGAGGUCCUCCCAGUGGUUUGCUCCGGCCUGGCCUACCGGACCUGCUCGAGCUCCGUCCGCCGUGGCUCCGCUUGGCUCCCAGCGCCGCCUCCUCCCAGCCCGCCCGCGGCUGCGGCGCUUCUGUGGGUGGGGGAAGGAAGGACUGACGCAGAGAACUGAAGGAUGCGAGGGAGUCAGGAGAACCUUCUAGAAAGAGGGAACAGGUGGCAUGUACCCCUAAGCAUUUUCUCUGAAGCAUCGUGGCCUUAAGAACUGGUGUUGAAGAUGUAGAAAUAAAGAGCAAAGAAACAGGCUACAGUUGUUGCAUACGUAAAAGAAAAGGGAAACACCUAAUGUCCAUCAGUGGAAGACUACACGCGAUAUCUUCAUACAGUGUGGGCCGAAUUGCAGUAGUGAGAACGCGAACUAGAGCUGCGUGUCAGCACAUGGAUGAAGCUUACAAAUAUGGGCAAAAAGAAGUUGCGGAAAGAUGACAACAGCAACACGACACGAAGUUCUCGGCCUCUACCGCCGAAUUUUCAGGCUUGCGAGGAAAUGGCAGGCGGCAUCGGGACAGAUGGAAGACACCAUUAAAGAAAAAGAGUACAUAUUAAAUGAAGCCAGAACGCUGUUCCAGAAAAACAAACAUCUCACAGACGCAGGCCUGAUUAAGCAGUGCAUAGAUGAAUGCACAGCCAGGAUUGAAAUUGGACUCCAUUACCAGAUCCCGUACCCGAGGCCAAUUCAUCUGCCUCCAAUGGGCCUUACCCCACUACAAGGCCGGGGACUGCGAAGCCAGGAAAAACUGAGGAAAUUUUCCAAACCCAUAUAUCUCAAGUCCCACGAUGAGGUUUCCUAACCCGGAAGAAAGUUGAUUUCUCACAAUGAGCCAACUAGGUCUUGAAUGUAAACCAGAUAACAAACCCCCCAAAUUUUGGUACUCACCGUAUGAUGUGUGCUGCUCAGUUUGUCAGGGUCUUGUCGCCUGAGUGGACGACACUAAUCCUAGAAGUCCAGGACCUUCCAUCCUCCCUGAAGCGUCAGGAACAAGACUUCGGCCUAUGGGAGGAAGGCUGAAGAAUGACAAAGCUCUUCAUGGGAAUGCCUUCACUAGCCAUGCCAGCCGAUACAGAGAAAUCACCCAGGGGCCGCAAGUCCUCAAAUAGCAUACCACUCUCAGAAUAUUUCUAGGCUGUUUCUUUAACUUCUAGAUUUGCUUAAAAGGGGGCUUUUUUGUGUGUUUUGUGGUCUUUUGACUCUUCCAAUUUCCAGAUAAACUCCCCUUAAAAAGUGCAUCAUUGGAUUGAUUGUGGAUUUUCAUGGAAAGUUUAUGAGACCCGCCCCUGCCCCAAAACCGUGUGUCUUAGUUAAAUGCAUACGUUUACUCUCUCUUAUCUUAAAGCAUGUCAUUACUUAGGAUGCACUUGGGAUCUGAAAGGCUCACUUGAAACUCAUACUGCAUUCAUUAUGAGUAUUUUACCUUAACAUAAUUAGCAUGUACAAGGGCCAAACUGGCUUUCCAAUUAUGUCUAAACAGAAAUUGAACAAGGAGAGAUCAAAAGACAAAGGACUUACACCCCCUCGUGUGUGUGGAGUCAGGUGAGACUCCCAUGGUUUGUACAUCGGUAUCACUCUCUCUUACUUCCAAAGUGGGUGGGCGUCACCAGUAAAGACAUAUCUCUAUCGA